AAAAUAGCCUCAGAAAAGGUUUAAAGUUUUCCUAUUUCCCAGAAUACACCAAAAUGUCUCAGUGCUUGAAACAAUAAUUUACUAAACUCUCCACGUGUAGUGAAGCAAUCAAACGUCCGCGUAUAAUAAAGGCAACGGUAGUUGUACCCGAUCCAGCAACUCAACCAGAUAAAUGUUAUACCCCCGUAGGCUAAACAUCCCAUAAACUGGUUAGUUAGAUUGAACUGCAUUGGCAGGCCAAGCAAUAAACCCUCUUUCUGCUGCCAUGCGCGCACCGUUGUUACAUUACGCUUGCCCAUUUCCUUUCAGGUUUCCGUUCGUUCCGGUCUGUCUUUUGACUCUUGGCUGCUUGCGCCUCAAGCCUGCGCCGGCCUCAUACCCCCUGGGCUACCUACCCCGUGGCCUGAUGGUAACGCGCCCGUGUAAAGUUCAUUCCACGUUCAGCGAGAGAGAGAAAACUUUCACUUUUACUCGGCCUUUUUUUGUGUAUGUUGGUUGCUCCUAUCAUCUCAACCGCAGCCAGCGGUCGUGAGCUUACCAUGCCGUCGUGGUCGCUGUCGUCGUCAUGCCAUGAUGGGAACGUUUGCUCACCGCAGUACGUUGGCCACCGUCGAAAACAAUGAGGAAAGCAAACGUCGUGUAGCAGCGGAAUGGUACUCGGGGGCACUAUCGGACGAAUUUAUUUCCAUCGUGAUGGAAAUCUUAAGGAUUUAGGUGCCUUUUGCGCUCUUCGUGGUGCUGUAGGUAGUAGGUAGGCCCUUUGGUGUAGAAAGCUUGAGAGCGAUGGAACCGAUGCGAUGGAGAAGUACACGGCCUAUGCCAAAUGGUGCCUGUUUUUGGGGAGAGAGAUAGGUUGAAAGUGAAUGUCACUUUGGCUUCUCGCUCGGAUGUCUGUGUGUGUGUAUAUCCGCUUCGAAGAAGGUAUUGCUGCACUUUGACCUUAUGCGAAGCGAACGAGGAAGGCAGGCGAUGAGAAAUGACAUUUGAAGCUGGUCGAACGCGAACACGUUCCUGCUGUCCUCAUUGCUGGAAUGUAGAAAUAUGUUCUUGGCCUGGUGUCCGGAAGCGAGGGAGCGAUGCAGUUUCUCCGACCAGUGGAAGGAACGGCUGUCAGCGCGGCGUCCGCCAUGUUUCAUCAGCAACAGUCGCAGCAUGGCCAGAUCGUGACGACGGCCGGUAUGCCGCACCCGGGGAUGGCGUCCCCGGCGUACAUCACACUCCCCAUCACGAUGCCGGGCGCAAAGCCGGGCGAUGCACAGCAAACCGUCCAGAUUCAGGUGCUGAACCCCAACCCAGUACCGUCGCAGGUCAGUGGCUCGGCUGCGGGAGGCCAGGGCCAGACCGGAUCGACACCGUCCGGGGCGCUGCAGACACCCAAAUUUCAAAUGGGUCAAAUGCAAAUUCCCAUCCAGGGCUUUCAGCAGGGCACCACGGUGCUAACGGUGGCCUACAGCCCCCAGGACGAGGAGGUCCUUCACAACCAAGGCCUGCCGGAGGGCAUGACAAUAGUGGCCGCACUGCAGCCGCAGGACUUGCAGCUGCUCGCUUCACAAAACCCGGGCACCACGACGAUCCUGCAACAGCACCAACAGCAGCAACAGCAGUCGAAUCUAUCCUCGAACAACGCAUCGUCCCCGGGUGGCAUAAAGAUAGACAGCGAGAACCCGCCACCCUUGCGACAGAUCAAGCAGGAAUCUCCAACCAUCUGGAACCAGCCAACGCUUGUUCCAACAUCGAUGCAUUCGGCCAGCAACAUUUUGGAGAUGGUGCAGCAGCAGCAACAGCAGCAGCAACAACUCCAUCAAUUGCAACAACAUCAGCAGCAGCAGCAACAACAGCAGCAACUGCAACAACAGCAGCCGUCUAGGCCAACACAAAAUCUCAACCUUCAGCCAUACUUAAAGUUUAACGGCGGCAACAACGGCACCAACCCGGCCAUGACAACGCUCAUGAACGGCAACCACGUGCUGCAGCAGCUGGUGCUACCGCCCGGCGUGACGAUAGGUCCGGGGAUCAUCAAACAGGAAGUGCCGGACGAGCAUUCGAACGAAAACACACAAUUCGGACCGGCGGACAGCUCGGGGCAGCUGGAAAACGGUUCACCAAACGCUCGCCCCGCCAAUGGGCGGGAGGCUGAGGGCGAGCCGGGCGAGAAUGGGGACGGUACGGGCAAUGGGACCACUCCCAGCGGGAAGGCGCGAAAGAAACGCAAGUACAAAACGAAACCACCGAAACCGAAGCGCCAGAAACCGGGCCAGGUGCACAUCGCGACCGCAAUCGAUGGGACGGUACUGUUCUGCUGCCCGGAGUGCCACAUGGCCUACCCGGAGAAGGAAUGUCUCGAGCAGCAUCUGGUGGUGCACAAGAUCGAGCGGCGGUUCAUAUGUGAUAUCUGCGGCGCUGGGCUGAAGCGCAAGGAGCACCUGGAGCGGCACAAGCUGGGCCACAAUCCCGAGCGCCCGUUCAUAUGCAACGUGUGCGAGAAGGGCUUCAAGCGGAAGGAGCAUCUCAAUCUGCACUUUGUCAUACACAGUGGCGUCAAGACGGAGAUUUGCGACGACUGUGGGAAAGGUUUCUACCGGAAGGAUCACCUGCGAAAGCAUAUAAAGUCGCACCUGAGCAAGCGGCUGAAGGAGAUGAGGGACACCAAUCGCAAUAACAACAACAACAAUAGCAACAGUAACAACAGAAACACCACCAACGGUGCUACCACAACGACAACGACGACCACGACACCGGCCAUGGCCAAUGGCCCACCGAGCACAUCGAUAGCGACGCUAUCCACGGGCAUCCCGCCCGGAUUGACAAUAACGACGUCCAGCGGGAACAACAUGCAGAGCGCGACCGGAGAGGGUCUCGGGGAAUCGAACCCCACGGCCCAGAAUCUACUACACAGUGCAAUAAGUCUUCCACAGGGUGUGACGAUACACGUACCAACUGCCGAUAAUCAAACGCUCCCGGUGCAGAUCUCCUUACCUCAUCUGGUGGCACAGCAGCAGACCGAUACGGACGGUAGCACAAGAACGGUGCUGGUGUCCAACUCGCCGGAGAACCUGAACCAUCAUCACAGUGCUACCACCACCACCACCACCACCGUCACCACGGGCACGGGUUCGCCCCCGUCCGCACCUACAUCGAGUGCAUUAUAAUGGUGCCUGGCCUGGAGCCAAGGGAGGAGGAAACUCUGCCAACCGUCAUCCAUCAUCAUCGUCAUCGUUUGCCUUUCGAUGCUGUACAAAGCAGAUCUGUGGUGUGGUCUCGGAAAUACUCAACUACACAGUGUCUCGUGCGUCGCCCAUAGUUUUAAAAGCUUCCCGACGAGCUCUUAUACACCUAGUAGUGGCAUUUGUUUGUUUGUUGCUUCUUUCGAUUCAUCGUUACUUGAUAACAGCUCGUAUCGUGUGCAAAGCUGCACGCGCGUUGUCUGUUAAACGAUAUCGAGCUUUUGCUAUUUUAUGUUUAAACGUAUUUUUUAAAGUAUUUAACAACCUACCAACCUUUUAGCGAUUGUGCUCAAACUCAUAAGCAUAUUUAUUUUAACGCAAAAUGCAUCACAUAAACACACACACACAGACAGAGCGACGAUUGUCCAUGGCUCAAGGGACUACAACAUCGUCACUACAACAAACGUUACUUUUUGACCCCGAAAAGCUGGGGGACUGGGGGGUGGCUGGGGGUGACUUUUCACAUUUUUGUUUUUAUCGUAAACUAUUUGUUUUUAAUUUAUUUCGCACGCUAUGACGUUGCUAUGACGACGAACGCUCCAUUCCCAGGCCCGAUUGUUAAAGGUAACGUGAUAGCGGACGUGUAGUUGUGCACAGCGUUGAUGGCCUGGGAAGGAAAAUAGCGCCCAAACUCUGGAAUGCAGCUGUCCAUGGAUGCAACAGUUGAGCAACACCGUUCGGGAUGCUCGGUCCAGUUUUAUUUUUAUACAUGUUUAAUUGUUUCAUUCUCUCUAAAGUAAGCGCCGCACAAUAAUAGGGAAAGUGUUGUACAAUGGGAGCGUUGUAUAUAUGUGUAGGUAAAGAUUUGUAUAGAUGAUUUCAUAAAAAGAGAUGAAAAUAAAAUAAAAACAGAGCAAGUAUUAUAUUUUGAUAA